AUGGGUAUUAGCCGUGACCAUUGGCAUAAACGACGAAAGACUGGUGGCAAACGUCCACAACCACAUAAAAAACGAAAAUUUGAAUUAGGUCGUCCAGCGGCUCUUACCAAAUUAGAUGCAAAACGUAUUCAUACUGUACGUACAAGAGGUGGAAAUAAAAAAUAUCGUGCACUUCGUCUUGAUAUUGGUAAUUUUUCAUGGGGUUCAGAAGGUAUUUCUAAAAAAACACGUGUCAUCGAUGUUAUGUAUCAUCCAUCGAAUAAUGAAUUAGUACGUACAAAAACAUUAACAAAAUCAACAAUCGUACAAAUUGAUGCUGUUCCAUUUCGACAAUGGUAUGAAUCAUAUUAUGCAUUGCCACUUGGUCGUAAGAAAGGUGUUAAAUUAACUGAAACUGAAGAUGCUAUACUUAAUCGUAAACGUUCAGCUAAAUCCGAAAAAAAAAUGGCUGUUAAACAACGUCGUGCAAAAGUUGAACAAGGACUUGAAGAACAAUUUCAAGCUGGACGUGUUCUUGCAUGUAUUGCAUCUCGACCAGGUCAAUGUGGUCGAUGUGAUGGUUAUGUUCUUGAAGGCAAAGAACUCGAUUUUUAUAUGAAAAAAAUCAAACAAAAGAAAUCGAAAUAA